AUGGUUCAACGUGUCCCUGUUCAAUUAACCUCUCUUCCAACUGAAAUCCUUUAUCUCGUAAUCUUUUGUAUCGAUAAUCCUAAAGAUCUGCGCUCUUUAUCUUCUACAAAUCAUCUGUUUCGAACUUUAUCGGGGCCGCACACUGUAACAGCUCAACUAUGGUUCGUGCGAUACAGCCGUGAUAUUCCUCCUGAAAACCGUUUAAAGGUUGCAAAUGAAUGGCGAUUCCCUCUAGAGACUGAUUAUGCAAAGCGUCUUAUCACCAUCAAUGCCCCUCCGGAACCUCCAGGCCUGGCUGCUGAACAACCUGGUCCGAAGAGAGCACUACGUAGGCAAGAACGUGUAAUGCAUAUCGUUGAAAGGUUUAGUCUAUUUUUGCAUAAUAUGUUGGCUGUAAACUACUAUUACACUCAUGAUUGGGAUGCCUUACAACGUGUUGCGGAUGAUAUUGAACAAUAUCUGGAAGACCUAGGAUGGGUGCAAUUUUAUCGUGGUCAAAUGGAUCGUGGAAUUGACUCAAUGAUGGUCUCUACGGUUCAAGCUGAUCAAGAAUUUGAGGCCAUAGCGUUUGAAGAUUUUACUAGAAAAUUGAGAAAUGAUAUUGCAUCUGUUUCUAAUAUUACCACUUCAAGUUCGAGUAAACAUACUAGCAUAACAAGUAGCAACACUAGUAGACAUAAUAGAAACGUUAGUAAUGAUAAUAUAAAUGAUUCAAAUAAUUCUAAUGAAAAAAGUAGCAAAAAUAGUGGAAUUUUUGCCUCAAUUUCUCCUGAACCUGUUUAUCUUCGAUGGACUGGUCUUAUUCAGGAUCAACUUAAUUUCUUUUGCUUGCAGCAGUAUAUCAUGGAUAAAUUCAAACCUCCUUCAAAAUGGCAACUGGCGGAAUACUUGUCUGUGGUAUUAUUUGGGGAUAUCUGA